ACACCCCCGGUUCAAGUCAUAUAUUGCGCAGUCUGCACAUUUCCUCCUGAAUACUGCGAAUUUGGGUCUAGUUUUACGCGAUGUAAAGAAUGGUUGAAGGAAGAGCAUCCAGAUCUGUUCGACAAGUAUUACUCAGAGGAUGCGCUGCAAGCAAGACUGGGCACCAUAAGUCUUGAGGCUCAAACGAAACUAGAAAAGGACACCGCAAAGAAGGAGGCAAAAGCGGAGGCUAAGGCCAACGCCGAGCUAAAGAAGAAGAUGGCGUCGCAAGUAAUAAUCAAGCGUAUUGAGCGUACGAAACGCAAACAUGUCACCUCCAUCUACGGAUUGGACGCUUUCGGGAUUGACUUGAAGAAGGCAGCAAAACAGUUCGCAUCGAAAUUUGCUACUGGAGCAUCGGUCACCAAGAAUCCGCAAGGGCAGGACGAGGUUGUGGUCCAAGGGGAUGUGAGUGACGAAGUUCUGGAAAUGAUCGAGCAAGGGGUCGGUGUGUUGAAGGGGAUCCCCGAAGAUAAUGUGGAGAUUGUCGAGGAUAAGAAGAAGAAG